GGAGGAGGGUCCGAGGGAGCUGCCAAAGUGUAUAUAAGGAGGGAAAGGGGAAGUCGCUGAUGUGAAACCCACAGCAAGCAAAUACCGAGGACCGGAGACGAAACGGAAUACCUUUAAUUGAAUUUCUUUUUUAUUCUCACUGCUUUGGAUCAUUUGUUUUAAAAGCCAUUUAAAAGGUGGGUGGAUAUAAAACGGUGAUCUACAUUAUUUCUUCCCCCCAUUCCUCUUCUUUUUGUUAUUUUUUAAAUUUUUUUUUUUUUUUUUACCUUUUCUUCCCUGGGAGAGACGGACUUCUCAAGUGCAUCAUUAUGUUGAACAAUAUGGAUUUGAACGCGAAAGAUUCUUUUUAUCCUCAAUUUGAGAAUUGCAACAGUUCUUCCCUGGGAAUGGAAAACAGCGUGAGGAAAGACAGUAACCAGGAGGUGUUCGUCGAUGCAGAACGGGGGGUACCUGCCCAGUUUGGCCACGAAGGAACCCCUGCAACCCUAAAAACUGAGGCUUCCAACUCGGAGUACGCUUUCAACCACUGCGAGUGCCCAAAAGACGCAUACACCUCCUCCUCCUCCACCUCCUCGCUCGCCUACUCCGGCAGCUUCUAUGUUGAGGCAUCUCAGGGAGCGCCCUGCAGCACCGAAACACUCCUCAACAUGAUCACCGAGAUCGUGGGCAUAUCCACGCUGCCGCUCUCAGAGGCGCAACAGAACGGCAACUGCAGCCGGGGGACCUACCCCUCGCCUGGGCCUCCGGAAAACAGCUCCGGCGGCUUCGGAGACUCGAAGAGGCAGCCGUACACCUGUUCUGGACCCGAUCCAGACCAAACCCCGCAAGACGGCCAGGCCCACCAAGACCCGUCCACCUCCCAGUUCGGCUUUCAGAAGAAGCCAGAACCAAAGUCGGAAGCCGCUUCCUUCCCCGUUGUGGUUAAGAAUGAGUUUGAAAGCAGCUGCUAUGAGUGGGGGAGCUUUAACAAUAAGUCUGACUGUUUGGAGACCACUUUCCACACAGAAACAUUCCCCAUGUCCAAUGACUUCCCGCCUGAUCAGCAGAUGGACGUCAAGGACCUCUUGGAGACCUUUCCCCCAAUUUGCCCCAAUCCAGACAUGGAGUUUAAAGUGGAGGGGGGCAUCAAGCAGGAGCCCUGUUUCUCUGACACCUGUUCUCAGAGUUACUCCAGCUCCCUUUACAAUAAUUACCUUCCACCUCCACCAACUAUGGGCCUGAAGCCCUUCCCAGAGCCUCCACAGCCAUCAAACCAGUGCGACCCUCUCUACACAUCUCCAGCCUUACCCAGCACCAUAGACUCCAUCCUGUACUCCUCCUUGCUGCCGGACUCGUUCCCGCAAACUUACACCAACCGCACGGCGAAGCCCCCCGGCAGCAGGGCGAGGAAGAACCCCGCGGCCUCCUCCCACGGCCCGGCCAAGGAGAAGCCUUUCACCUGCCCCAUGGAGAGCUGUGACCGGCGCUUCUCCCGCUCCGACGAGCUCAACCGGCACAUCCGCAUCCACACGGGCCACAAGCCAUUCCAGUGCCGCAUCUGUCUGCGCAGCUUUAGCCGGAGCGAUCACCUCACGACCCACACCAGGACUCACACCGGGGAGAAACCCUUUUCCUGCGACGUGUGCGGCAAGAGGUUCGCCCGCAGCGACGAGAGGAAGCGGCACGGACGCGUUCACCUGAAACAGAAGGAGAAAAUGGAAAUAAAGCCGCAGGUGACCGCCGGGGCAUGGCCGUUCAGUCUUCCUGAGGGGAUUUGAAAGUUGCGCCUCCCACACCCCCUUGUUCCUUUUGUUUUUUCGGGGGGAAUAAGAUGUUGAAAGAAGAAGCCAGCCUGAGUCGGUUUUGCUUUGCAAAUCAGUCUGCAACCUCAGAGGUUUUUUAAAGAGGAGCAGAGAGGAGGAAAAGAGCCUUACAGUAUGUUGCUGCUGACUUUCUGCAGCCAUGCCAAAGCUGCACAGGUCGGCAGCAGACCAACAGAGACUUGUUGCUUCAACUUUCAGAGGUGCCAAAGCCUCUGUGCUCUGCACUGCAUGGCUGGCCUGUUUCAGCACCUCUUGAAUCUGGACAGCUCCAGCCUCCAUUUGCCUCAGAGCCAUGGUUGGAUUGCACUUAACAGAUUAUAAAUCAUGACUAUCUCCAUUUACAGAUUCCUUAUUUUCUGCUUUUAGCAUUCGUAGAGCAAUGAUUUUAACCUAUGUUUACUUCAAAAACAAAAUGCAUGUUUGUUUCAAUGUUUUCUUUCCCUUGACUGGAAUGUCAGCCACUCUCAGCCCCUCACAUAUUGCAGUAAAGUGAAGGGUUUUUUUUGUUUUGUUUUUGUUAUGAUUUUUUUUAACAUGAAUGUAUGGUUUUGACCAUGAAGCUGUUCAUCUUUGAUCAGUUUAGUGUUUUUAUCUUAUUCUUAUCAUUUUACCGUCAAUGUUUCUUUUGUCACUGGUCUUUGUGUUGUGUUACAAUUGUUUGGAUUAUUACAGUUGUGAAAGAUAUAUCAUAAAUGGGAAAUAAAUAUAUUUGUAUCACUGUA